AUGAUCACCAAAUUACAUUAUCUACUCGAAUAUCAACCCUUCGCAAUGGAAUCUCGUGGCGGCUUCUGUUAUACUCUUUUUUGGGACAUACGCAACCCUCCACUCUCCUCUGCCAGAUGUAUAUACCCUCACCAUCAUUCCCUCACUCACGAAGAGUUUUCUACGCCUGCCACACAACCUCCGGUCACUCGCUUGCAAAUAUCGUGUGGUGUUUUCCCUCACGAUUGGCCAAUACAUGUGCAUAAUCGCCACGGGGUCACCGUUAAGGAUGUGCUCGAAGCCAUAUACAAUUGCUUACAAACUCAGUACACCAGUGACGAGUUUAACACUUUGUGCCAGAAACAGCGAUCGCGUAUCAUGGAUGUCUUUAAUGCCCGAGUUCAGGUAUCACAUCACCCUCGACAGACAUGGGACAAAGGAAUGAAGAGAAUCGACUGUCUUUUGCAACAUUCUUUUUUCGGUGGCCUGUCUAUCGCGCCUUCUAUCCGGACUGGCAAUAAUGGCCCAAUAAUGGAUGGGUGUAUUUUGUCACUGCGUCGGGCCCAUCAACCUCAAUUUUCGGCAGCUCAUCUUAUACCCGCAUCGCUUCAUUAG